AUGAAUGGUGCGGGUGAGACAACUUCAGGUAACAAUAAUGUUGCCACAAACACCACGACAGCGACGAUAGCGGCACCUAGGCGAAAUGGACCCAUGCCGAAUUUUGUGCAGGUUGCAAAAAGCUACGUCUUCGAGCAAGAGAUCCAACAGUGUUUGAAGGACAACGGUGUCACCCAGGCUAGAGAGGACAACAUCAGACUCGCUGGAGUGCAGUGGAUUGAAAACGUCCGACGAGCGCUCAAGCUACCAGUUAGGACCUUCAACACAGCGGUUGUCUACUAUCAUAAAUUUCGACUCCAGCAUUCUGAUGGAGAGUACGAUUUUGUGCAUGCUGCCGCCGCCGCUCUAUUUUCUGCGUGCAAGGUUGAAGACACACUCAAGAAGUCACGAGAUAUUCUUUGCGCCUCCCACAACCUGAAAGCUGGCCGGCAUGAGCAACUAUCUCCCGAUGACCAAGUCUUUGAGCACCAAUCUCGAGCCAUCAUCGGCCUAGAACGUCUCAUGUUAGAAGCAUCAGGCUUUGACUUUCGGAGCCGUCAUCCUCAAGAUCUCCUCAUUAAACUAGCCAAAUUCUACAAAUUCGAAAAGACCUCCCAGGUCCUCAAGACAGCUUAUGCCAUAUGUCUGGACCUCUACCGAACAUUUGCGCCUCUAAAACAACAGACGGCUACACUUGCAUUUGCAUGUUUGGAGCUUGCAGGAAGACUGCUAGGGGAGGAAAAUCACGACAUCUGGUCUGGCAGGGACUACUCCAGUUGGAGGAUUAAUCGGGCACAGGUCAUGGAAACGCUCCUCGAUCUUCUCGAACUGUACACCCACCACCGAAACCAGACCGCCAUCGGACCUGAAUUCUCCGUCGACACAUUCCUCGAGGUCCGCAUUCCCCUCAACCAAGAGUCGGAAGAGCGACGCCUCCCGCGCUUUACCGAGUGGCUCAAGACCCCCAACGAGAAAAACAUCCAGGGACACGGCCACGGUGGACUCAACGGCACCGCCAACGGUUCACAUUCGCGGUCAUCUAGUAAAAACGUCAGUCCCAAGGAUAUAACGAGCCCGAGCACGAAUUCCAGCUCGGGCGUCGGAAGCGGUAGUACCGCUGCCACGAGCGUCCCUGGGGGGAGGCCAAGGAUCGGUGAGAGAGGUCGUGAAGGGACUAUCCGCUUCAUUCUUAAUCCUGAUCGCGAGAUGGAGGAGAGGGAGGUCGUGGAGACUUUCCGCAGAUUGUGA